AUGAGCUCGAAGGUCGAGCUCGCCCAGCAACCGGACAAGGAAACUCAUGACCAGAUCAUAUUACCGGUGGAACCUCCCUCGGUCGAGGACAUUGUCGAUGGCGGUCGCGCUGCCUGGUGCACGGCGAUAGGAGGGUCACUCGCAGUUGCUACUACAUUCGGAUACGCGAACAGUUUUGGCGUGUAUCAAGACUUGUACACCCGCUCCAACACAGCGUCGGCCUCCGCUAUAAGCUGGAUCGGCUCAACGCAGUUGUUCUUCCUUCUAGCUGGUGCCCUUCCAGGCGGUAAACUGCUCGACAUGGGAUACUUCCGCCACACAACUUUAGUUGGGAGUAUCAUCUAUGUAUUCUGCUUGUUCAUGGUCUCGUUGUGCGAUCCCCAGAAAUAUUAUCAACUAUACCUCGCACAAGGUCUUGGCAUGGGGAUUGGGUCGGGUCUUCUCUAUGUCCCUGCCCUUGCAGUCCAAUCUCACCAUUGGCGCGCUCGUCGAGCUUUCGCGAUGGGAAUCGUAGCGUCAGGAUCGUCCAUCGGCGGUCUCAUAUUCCCAAUCAUCCUCAAUCAACUCUUCAAAAGUUCCCUUGGGUUCGAAUGGGGAGUUCGCAUUUCGGCAUUCGUGGUCCUAGCGAUGUUGAUUGGAGCCAACCUCCUCAUGACCCCAAAAGAAAAAUUUAAGAGUACCAGUUCCGGCGAUCGCCCCGACAUCAAAGGUAUCAUGACCGAUGGGCCAUACCUGUUGACCAUUCUCGGCAUGUUCUUCGGUAACUGGGGAGUUUUCAUCCCAUACUUCUACUUGCAACUAUUUGCCAUCCUUCACGGUGUGAGCCCAACAACAGCGUUCUACUUGAUUACAAUCUUGAACGGGGCUGCUAUUCCUGGACGUAUUUUUCCCAACAUGUUGGCCGACUAUCUUGGCCCCUUCAACACCAUCACUCCUGUGCUCUUAGCCUGCGGUGUUCUCAUUUACGCCCUUAUCGGGAUCAGUACCGCUGCUGGUAUCAUUGUAUUUGCCAUAUUGUACGGCUUCAUGUCUGGCGCAGCCCUUUCCCUAGUUGCACCUGGUGUCGCCGUCCUCGCCAAGCACCCUUCCGAAAUAGGAAUAAGAUUCGGGCUCGCCUUCUCGCUGUCGGGCUUCGGUGCGCUUGUUGGCAGUCCUGUGACAGGCGCUCUACUUGGCAGCCGAUUCGCCUGGACUAAUGCUAUUGCAUUCAACGGGGCAUCGAUGACUGUGUCCUUUAUCUUCCUAAUUAUUGUCAGGCAGAUCCUGGUCAAACGGAGAGGUUCACAGAUCAUAUGA